CUCCCCGUCCUCUCUCACUCUAUGAAGCGCUGUUGAGAGUUGACAUCAGACAGUAGUCGCAAUGGAUAUUCGACUUGAUAACGGCAACCAAAUGGAUUAUCUGGAUGAAAUGGACCCAAAACACAGGAAAAUGUUCCCAUCUCAAGAUGAGCGCAUCGACAGUGGAUUAGACUCAUUUAAAUCGGGAGAAAUCUCACUUCUUGAGGAGGAGUUUCAGACUUUAAAUAUGGUUGAAACAAGAACAGAAUCCUACUGUGAACCCUGGAAACAGCAAUCAACAGAAGACGGUGACACGUUUCUCCACCUCGCCAUUAUUCACGAAGCAGAAGACCAAGCCAUUCAGAUGAUUAAACAAUGUCACAAAGACCCAUUCCUGAACACACAGAACAACCAAAGACAGACUCCCCUUCAUCUGGCCGUGAUAACAGAACAACAUAAGCUGGUCGACUGUCUCCUGAAAGCCGGCUGUGAUUCUCGGUUAGUGGACCACAGAGGAAACACAGCUCUGCACAUUGCCUGCAAGAAGGGCUCCAUGACCUCUUUCGGCCUUCUCACGCAAGUGCCACCUGCCAGUCACUUGCGGUUCAUCCUCAACUUCCCAAAUUAUAAUGGACACAACUGCCUCCACUUGGUCUCGAUCCACGGUUUCCUCUCAAUGGUUGAAGUCCUAAUUCAGUUAGGGGCAGAUGUAAACUCCAAAGAAAAGUGCAGUGGCCGAACGGCACUCCAUCUCGCUGUGGACCUCCAGAACCUCGCACUUGUGGAUCAGCUGAUUACUCUGGGAGCUGAUGUCAACAGCCUGACCUACGGGGGGUUCACACCAUACCACCUGACGUUUGGUCGACAGAAUGGCGAGAUCCAGCAGCAGCUGUACGUCAGGACGGCGCAGGACCUCAGAGAACUGCCAGAGAGCGAAUCUGAAGACAGCGAUGAAGAUUCCAUGUCUGAGGAUGAUUUGUAUGACGACAUUCUUUUUGGAGGAAAGUCAUCUCCGGCUCUCUGAUGAAAAAAUCUGUAACUCUGUGCGGCCUACCAUAGACUUCCAUAGGUCCAAGAACACACAGACCAAGACCAAGCUUCUCGACUGACCAAAUCUCAGGAAGAAAUCAACAGCACAGUGGACUCAAUAAAUAAAACUUCAAAGAUCCUGUUGCCCAAACUCCACAGAAGUAUAAAAGUGUAAAUAUCAGAAAAUAACUGUUAAAUAUUGUAAAUACAGAGAUGAAUAUUUUUUUUACUUGUACAUAUCAGUUUACGUAACACUAUUGUUUUGUACUAUAUGUAAAUGCUGAUAAAUUAAAGAAGAUAAAUUCAUAUAACAUA